UGAUGGUGCCUUGGUGUGGAAGGUAUUCACUUUGAGCUGGAAGCUGAUUGGGUGCCUAUGGUAGGGGUGUAAACCCUUUUGAUUACUAGAUUGCAUGCUGCACUAAGCAGGAACAGGCUUUGAACUUCUCCACUUUUGGCUCAGUGUAUUUUCCUAUGCGCUCUUCCUCAUUUCCCAGCAAGGUGCUUUGCUAAACAAGACACCUUCAGUGAGAAGUAGGAGAAUAAUCUGUAUGAGCCUUAUUCUCUCCUCCUAUCUCCCUUCCUUCCCCUGUCCUUGUAUCACAGACAGGCAGGCAAACACACGCACACACACACCUUGGACCUCCAGCAAGAGCUGCGCUGGACCUGUACUACAGAACGGCUGGAUAGUGAUUCUUUUAACUGUUCCUCUAUCAAGAGCAUCCAGACAAUCGCCCGGUGGGAAGGUCGCGGUUGACUUCAAGUUCGUUGUGUUCCUCCACUGAGUAUCUGGCAUGAUUAGUUAAGACUAAAUUCUUCAUUCUCCAAAGGACAAGAGAAAGGGGGGACUUUUUGGAGUUGGCUCUAGCUGGGUCGCAGAGAUUGAACAGUAACCAUGUCUAAGCCUGUUGACCAUAUCAAGAGACCCAUGAAUGCCUUCAUGGUGUGGUCCAGAGGACAGAGGAGAAAGAUGGCUCAGGAGAAUCCCAAGAUGCACAAUUCGGAAAUAAGUAAAAGACUUGGGGCCGAAUGGAAACUUCUGUCUGAAGCCGAAAAGCGACCCUACAUAGAUGAGGCCAAGAGACUCAGGGCGCAGCACAUGAAGGAACAUCCUGACUACAAGUAUAGACCAAGGCGCAAACCCAAGAACCUUCUAAAGAAGGACAGGUACGUCUUUCCUUUGCCCUACCUUGGAGACCAUGACCCAAUGAAGACAGGACUUCCCAUGAGUGCCACUGAGUCCCUCCUGGGGGCUUCGGAGAAGGCAAGAGCCUUCUUGCCCCCAACCUCAGUACCUUACUCUUUGCUGGACCCAAGUCAGUUUAGCUCCGCCACCAUCCAGAAGAUGACAGAGAUGCCACACACCUUGACCACAAGCUCCCUUCCUUAUGCCUCCACCUUGGGAUAUCAAAACGGAGCCUUUGGUGGUUUAAGCUGCCCUAGCCAGCACACUCACACACACCCUUCUCCAACCAAUCCUGGCUAUGUGGUGCCCUGUAACUGUACAGCAUGGUCUAAUUCUAACUUGCAACCUCCGGUUGCCUACAUAUUGUUCCCUGGCAUGACUAAAGCUGGUUUAGACCCUUAUUCUUCUGCGCAUACCACAGCUAUGUAAGAAGCGUGCAAGUGGAAAAAAGGAAAUUGCAGUUUAGACUGUGAUGGUGCAUGUACAUACUGACUGCCAAAAAUAAUAAACGGUACUGGUGACAAACCAGGAGGAUUGGAGAGAGGGACAAUUCUUAUUUGGACCAAUUUACCUGUGUACUACUCGUAGAAUAAUGCACUUCCUUUUUCUGAAGGGCACAAUCCACUCUCGUUCUACACCAAGCCAUGCGGAUAGCUGGAAGUAAUUGUCAGGACGAAUUUUAAGAAUUCUACAAGUUCAUCCUUAUAAUUUUUAGCUACCCAAUUCGGACAGAAACACUUUAUUUAUUUAUUCUGAUGUUUAUGAGUUUGCCUUUGGUUAUUUCUAUGUGAUUCUGACCUCGAAUUUUGAAGGAACUGAAAUGAAAUUAUUUAAAUAUUUAAUUAUUAAUUAGUAUUAUUGCCAACAUUACCUAUUUUGCACACUUUAUCUUGUUGUGGGGGUAGUUGGGAGCUGUGUUAGAUAUUUUGCCAAGAAAUCUGGUUGCCUGAUGAAAAUAAGUAUUUAACGCUGAGAGCUUUAUUAUUAUUUAAAAAAAAAAAAUAACAUAAGCGUCAAUGUGUCUCUCCUUUUACCCCUCAAAAGAAUAUUAUUUUGUAUAAAUAAAUAGACCAUUGAUCACGCUUUUUAGGGCCUGUUUAGAGAAAGAAGAGUGAUGAAUUAAUCUUAUCUAAGCAGAAAACCUGACAGAGGGCAUCAUGUAGUAGGGAAAAUGACUGUACACACUUUUAUCUCCCUUUAUCUACUCAAACGAUGAUCUUUUUUGUUCAACAACAAUCUUUUGAAUAAAGACAAUCUUGUCGUAAAA